GUGGGUUCGGUGGAGCUGGACACGCCUAAGAGUUUGGAGGAUCUGCAGAGGGGCGCCGUCGUGGACGGAGACAGCAACAUCUCGCCUCUCCAGCUUCCUCCGUGGCUGGACAUGGGGCGCUGUCUCCGAGUGAACAGGUUUUUCGAGGAGCACGCGAUGCCACUGUUUCUCCUGUGGCACUGUGCGCUCGUGAUCGGGUUCAGCCUCCCCAGUCUGCUCGGCGCCCUCGUCUUUACCCAUGCCUCCGACAACCCCGAGGCGUCCCUGAAGAGGUACACGAGGACGGGUCAGCACCUUGCCGCAUGGCACAUGGGCAAUAUCUUCGACCCAGCGAGCCCCGCGUUCGCCUCGGUGCAGUCGGUGCGGCAGAUGCACAGAGGCGUCCGCGACAGCAUGCAGGAGAAGAUGCCACCUCAGCAGCGCCGCUGUAUCUCCAUGUGCGACAUGGCCUUCGUGCAGCUCGGAUUCGUCGGCCCGGUCAUUCUGUUUGGGCGCAAAGUGGGCGUGCGGGAUGGCAAUGAGGCGCUUGACGACUUCGUCUACUUCUGGAGGUGUGUCGGCUACCAGCUGGGCAUGGCUGACGAGUUCAACCCUUGCUCGCUUGGCUACUCCUUUGUCCUUCCCCUCCGUCCUCCCCCUCUUCCUCCGCCUCCUCCUCCUCCUCGUCCCUCCUCUGGAGCUUGGAGGCAAAACUUGAUUCGCCUUUUCUGA